AUGUCAAUUAGAAGUGUAUUUCAAGAGUCUUUCAUCGGACACAUCAUCCAUAGUCUCUCUGGCCGUCGAUGGCUCAAGUAUCCAGAGGAAAAUGCAGACUUUGUGCUGCCUUCAAAGUACGCUCUCAGAGCCAAAGAGGCAUCAUCUACGGGUGCAAGCUUGAGCUCAGCGCCGAGGUCGAACCUCGAUGCUCUUCGGACGGACACGGUGGAUUCUGCGCGGACUAGAUUCGAGGAUGGCGAAUUAGAAUCCCAAGGUCAGGAGGUCAUCAUCGUAGAUUGGUACGGCCCAGAUGAUCCAGAGAACCCACAGAACUGGUCUUUAGGCAAGAAGUGCUGGCUCACAUUCUGCAUCAUGCUCAUUACCACAUCCGUCUACAUUGGUUCCUCAAUCUAUGCUCCGGCUGUGCCUAGUGCGAUGGAAUACUUCGGAGUGGCACAAGUACCGGCGCUCCUGGGUAUCUCAUUGUUCGUCCUUGGGUACGGCAUCGGUCCUUUGUUCCUCAGUCCCAUCACCGAGGUACCCAAGAUUGGUCGGACCAUCCCUUACAUCAUCCCACUAGCACUUUUUGCCAUCCUUCAGCUUCCAACUGCACUUGUCACCAAUUUCGCUGGCUUUUGUGUCUUACGAUUCCUCUCUGGAUUCGUCUCCAGUCCACCUUUGGCUACAGGUGGGGCUUCUCUCUUUGACAUCUUUCGGCCGGAGAAGUUCGCAUACCCUAUGGGUCUCUACGACAUUUCUGCCGCUGCGGGACCUACGCUCGGACCGGUCGUUGCGGCCUACGCGGUGUAUGCGAAGAAUUGGCGCUGGGCAUUCUGGGAGCUCUUAUGGAUUGCUGGCUUUGCACUUCUCUUCCUGUCCUGUGCGCUGCCCGAGACAUCUGCCGAUAAUAUUCUCUAUCGAAGGGCUAUCAGAUUGCGACGUCUCACAGGGAAUCCGAACAUCAAAUCUCAAUCUGAGAUCGACACUGCCCACCUCGACUUCAAGGCUGAGAUCCUCAAUGCCAUCGUCCGACCUAUCACCAUGACGUUCAAGGAGCCCAUCGUGCUUGCGACGGAUCUCUAUGUCGGAUACGUCUACGCCCUCAUCUACUCUUACUUUGAGAGUUUCCCUUUGGUCUAUGAGUACGGCUAUGGCUGGUCAGGAGCCAACGCGAAUCUACCGUAUCUGGCCUUCAUCGCCGGAGAAUCUUUCAGCGUGAUCGGCUAUGUCAUCUGGGCAAGGCUGUACUGGGAGCCAAAAUUCGCCGAGACUGGUGGUCACCCCAAGCCAGAGGCAUCCUUGCCCAUGGGCAUCCCCGGAGGAUUUUUCGCGCCUCCUACCUUGUUCUGGUUUGGCUGGACAGCCGUUCGGACGCAUUGGAUCAGUCCGGUAUUGGCGUCUGCCGUCUUUGGCCUGGGCACUUCCUGGAUGUUUAUGCCGUUCUUGACGUAUCUGCCGCUGGCUUAUCCGAAAUACGCUGCAUCAGCGUUAGCAUCGAAUGAUUUCGUCAGGUCACUGAUGGGUGCGGGUAUGCCGCUCGCCGCUGCACCCUUGUUCCACAAUUUGGGCAUAGCCUGGGGGAAUUCCCUCCUCGGGUUCAUCGCCAUCCUUUUCGUCCCUGUCCCAUGGCUGCUAUUCGCAUAUGGAGGGAAAUUGCGCAACAAGAGUCCGAUGGCACUGCAUGAUAGCGAUAUAGAGAAGAUGAGGCAAAAUUCGGCAGCGUGA